GACCCCGCGCUCCAGCAGCCAUGGGCGCCGGGGCUGGGCGGGGGGCGGCGUCCGCGCCGCUGCUGCUGGCGGUGGCCGCGCUGCUGCUGGGUGCCACGGGCCACCUGUACCCCGGAGAAGUGUGCCCUGGCAUGGAUAUCCGGAACAACCUCACGAGGUUGCAUGAGCUGGCCAACUGCUCGGUCAUUGAAGGACAUUUGCAAAUACUGUUGAUGUUCAAAACGAGGCCCGAGGAUUUCCGGGACCUCAGUUUCCCCAAACUCAUCAUGAUCACUGAUUACUUGCUGCUCUUCCGGGUCUAUGGGCUGGAGAGCCUGAAGGACCUGUUCCCCAACCUCACGGUCAUCCGGGGCUCGCGUCUGUUCUUCAACUAUGCGCUGGUCAUCUUCGAGAUGGUUCACCUGAAGGAGCUUGGCCUCUACAGCUUGAUGAACAUUACCCGGGGCUCCGUCCGCAUUGAGAAGAACAAUGAGCUCUGCUACCUGGCCACCAUUGACUGGUCGCGCAUCCUGGAUUCUGUGGAGGAUAAUUACAUUGUGCUGAACAAAGACGACAACGAGGAGUGUGGGGACAUUUGUCCAGGCACUGCAAAGGGCAAGACCAGCUGCCCCGCCACUGUCAUCAACGGGCAGUUUGUCGAGCGGUGUUGGACACACAGCCACUGCCAGAAAGUUUGUCCCACCAUCUGCAAGUCACACGGCUGUACCGCCGAGGGUCUCUGCUGCCACAGCCAGUGUUUAGGCAAUUGCUCCGAGCCCGACGACCCCACCAAGUGCGUGGCCUGUCGCAACUUCUACCUGGAUGGCAGGUGCGUGGAGACCUGCCCGCCCCCGUACUACCACUUCCAAGACUGGCGCUGCGUGAACUUCAGCUUCUGCCAGGACCUGCACAACAGAUGCAAGAACUCCCGGAGACAGGGCUGCCACCAGUAUGCCAUUCACAAUAGCAAGUGUAUCCCUGAGUGCCCCUCUGGCUACACGAUGAAUUCCAGCAACCUGAUGUGCACUCCAUGCCUGGGCCCCUGUCCCAAGGUCUGCCACAUCCUGGAGGGCGAGAAAACCAUUGACUCGGUGACGUCUGCCCAGGAGCUUCGAGGCUGCACUGUUGUCAACGGAAGCCUCAUCAUCAACAUCCGAGGGGGCAACAACCUGGCAGCUGAGCUGGAGGCCAACCUAGGACUCAUUGAAGAAAUUUCUGGGUAUCUGAAAAUCCGGAGAUCCUACGCUCUUGUGUCACUUUCUUUUUUCCGGAAGUUACGGCUGAUUCGAGGAGAGACCUUGGAAAUCGGGAACUACUCUUUCUACGCCUUGGACAACCAGAACCUAAGGCAGCUCUGGGACUGGAGCAAACACAACCUCACCAUCACUCAGGGGAAACUCUUCUUCCACUACAAUCCCAAACUCUGCUUGUCAGAAAUUCACAAGAUGGAGGAAGUUUCAGGAACCAAGGGGCGCCAGGAGAGGAACGACAUUGCCCUGAAGACCAAUGGGGACCAGGCGUCUUGUGAAAAUGAACUCCUUAAAUUUUCUUACAUUCGGACAUCGUAUGACAAGAUCUUGCUGAAAUGGGAGCCGUACUGGCCCCCUGACUUCCGAGACCUCCUGGGGUUCAUGCUUUUCUACAAAGAGGCCCCUUACCAGAAUGUGACCGAGUUCGACGGGCAGGAUGCGUGUGGUUCCAACAGCUGGACGGUGGUGGACAUCGACCCACCUCUGCGGUCCAACGACCCCAAGUCGCAGAACCACCCAGGGUGGCUGAUGCGGGGUCUCAAGCCCUGGACCCAGUAUGCCAUCUUUGUCAAGACCUUGGUCACCUUUUCUGAUGAACGCCGCACGUAUGGGGCCAAGAGUGAUAUCAUCUAUGUACAGACGGAUGCCACUAACCCUUCCGUCCCCCUGGAUCCAAUCUCCGUUUCUAACUCCUCGUCCCAGAUUAUUCUGAAGUGGAAGCCUCCCUCUGAUCCCAAUGGCAACAUCACGCACUACCUGGUUUUCUGGGAGAGGCAGGUGGAAGACAGUGAGCUGUAUGAGCUGGAUUACUGCCUCAAAGGGUUGAAACUGCCGUCCCGGACCUGGUCUCCGCCGUUCGAGGCCGAGGGCUCCCAGAAGCACAACCAGAGUGAAUACGAGGAGUCUGCCGGCGAAUGUUGCUCCUGCCCCAAGACGGACUCUCAGAUCCUCAAGGAGCUGGAGGAGUCCUCUUUUAGGAAGACCUUUGAGGAUUACCUGCACAAUGUGGUGUUCGUCCCCAGAAAAUCCUCUUCAAGCCCUGGUGCUGAGAACACUAGGCCAUCGCGGAAACGCCGGGCCCUCGGGGACGUUGCCAAUGUGACGGCAGCCGCGCCCACGGUUCCAGGUUUCCCCAACACCUCGACCAGCGCGCCCACGAGCCCGGAGGAGCACAAGCCCUUCGAGAAAGUGGUGAACAAAGAAUCCCUGGUCAUCUCUGGGCUGCGCCACUUCACUGGCUACCGCAUCGAGCUGCAGGCUUGCAACCAAGACUCCCCCGAGGAGAGGUGCAGCGUGGCCGCCUACGUCAGCGCCAGGACCAUGCCCGAAGCCAAGGCAGAUGACAUUGUUGGCCCCGUGACCCACGAAAUCUUCGAGAACAAUGUCGUUCACUUGAUGUGGCAGGAGCCAAAGGAACCCAACGGUCUGAUCGUGCUGUAUGAAGUGAGUUACCGACGCUAUGGUGAUGAGGAGCUGCACCUCUGUGUCUCCCGCAGACAUUUUGCUCUGGAGCGGGGCUGCAGGCUGCGCGGGCUGCCGCCAGGGAAUUACAGUGUGCGAGUCCGGGCCACCUCCCUGGCAGGCAACGGCUCAUGGACAGAAGCUACCUAUUUCUACGUGACAGACUAUUAUGUCCCGUCGAAUAUUGCAAAAAUCAUCAUCGGCCCCCUCAUCUUUGUCUUUCUCUUCAGUGUUGUGAUUGGAAGUAUUUACCUGUUCCUGAGAAAGAGGCAGCCGGAUGGGCCACUGGGACCGCUGUAUGCGUCUUCAAACCCUGAGUACCUCAGUGCCAGUGAUGUCUUUCCAUGUUCUGUGUAUGUGCCGGAUGAGUGGGAGGUGCCUCGGGAGAAGAUCACGCUCCUGCGUGAGCUGGGGCAGGGCUCCUUCGGCAUGGUGUACGAAGGCAACGCCAGGGACAUCGUCAAGGGCGAGGCGGAGACCCGCGUGGCGGUGAAGACAGUCAACGAGUCGGCCAGUCUGCGGGAGAGGAUCGAGUUUCUCAACGAGGCCUCAGUCAUGAAGGGCUUCACCUGUCAUCAUGUGGUCCGCCUCCUGGGGGUGGUGUCCAAAGGCCAGCCAACGCUGGUGGUGAUGGAGCUGAUGGCUCACGGUGACCUGAAGAGCUACCUCCGCUCCCUGCGGCCGGAGGCUGAGAAUAACCCCGGCCGCCCUCCCCCUACCCUGCAAGAGAUGAUUCAGAUGGCGGCAGAGAUCGCCGAUGGGAUGGCCUACCUGAAUGCCAAGAAGUUUGUGCACCGGGAUCUCGCAGCCCGAAACUGCAUGGUCGCCCACGAUUUCACUGUCAAAAUUGGAGACUUUGGGAUGACCAGAGACAUCUAUGAAACGGAUUACUACCGGAAAGGAGGCAAGGGUCUGCUCCCCGUGCGGUGGAUGGCACCGGAAUCCCUGAAGGACGGGGUCUUUACCACUUCUUCUGACAUGUGGUCCUUCGGCGUGGUCCUUUGGGAAAUCACCAGCUUGGCAGAACAGCCUUACCAAGGUCUGUCUAAUGAACAGGUGUUGAAAUUUGUCAUGGAUGGAGGGUAUCUGGAUCAACCCGACAAUUGUCCAGAGAGAGUCACCGACCUGAUGCGUAUGUGCUGGCAGUUCAAUCCCAAGAUGCGGCCCACCUUCCUAGAGAUCGUCGAACUGCUCAAGGACGACCUGCACCCCAGCUUUCCAGAAGUUUCCUUCUUCCACAGCGAGGAGAACAAGGCGCCUGAGAGCGAGGAGCUGGAGAUGGAGUUCGAGGACAUGGAGAGUGUCCCCCUGGAUCGGGCCUCACACUCUCAGAGGGAGGAGGCCGGGGGCCGGGAUGGAGGGUCCUCGCUGGGCCUAAAACGGAACUACGAGGAGCACAUCCCCUACACCCACAUGAACGGGGGCAAGAAAAACGGACGGAUUCUGACUCUGCCGAGGUCAAAUCCUUCCUAACAGCGCCUGUUUUGGGGAGGGGUUCCCAUCUUCACUUUCCUCUGGUUUGAAGGCCUCCAGAAAACUCAGGAUUCUGCUAUGAAUCUGCCACAGUGUCAAACGGAGCUCAGAGAUCAUUACUAUCCAUUGAUGUUCAUCUAUGACUUAAAAACACGUGUAUCUGAUUGCCAAUUUGACGAGCUGUCAGAGAAUUGAACUGUGACCCUAGAGGAGAAGGGGUUUCCUCAGCUGCUGUCCUUGUAGGCAACUGCGGUUUUAAGCCAGGAUGUUACUGUUUUGUUUUUUUUUUUUUCCAGUAGAUUGAGAGCAAGCACCUGUUUUUACAGAUCUUCUUUUUUUUCCUUCCUGGUGUCUGAGCUACAGUAUAAAGCAUAAAACUUGUUUGUGGAACAAAAGUUUGAAAGAAAGAAAAAAACAAAACGAAAACAAAAACACAACCCUGUUCCAGUAGAAUUUCAGGCUUUCCGGAGUGGGCUUCAGGAAGGUUUUUUUUCUCAUCCAGGCUGAAGGAUUUUUUUUUCUUCACAAAAUCAGUUCCUCAAAUUGACCAAUAGCUGCUGCUUUUAUACUUUUGAUAAGGAUCUGCAGUCUCAGCGUGUGGCUCACGUGUGUCCGCGUGUGUGUGUGUGUGUGUGUGUGUGUGUGUGUGUGUGUGUAUGUCCAGGGUAGACAGGGCUGGUCAGUUUGUGUGUGUGCGUGCGCGCGCAAAGCGUUCGUGCCGAGUUGACGCUUUGGGGGUCGGCUCAUGAAGGUUCUGCUCUUCCUGAGCUCCUGAUCCUUCCAUCUCCUUCCUUCUUAUUUACUGGGAGACUGUGCCCUCCACGGAUUCUUCUGCCCCAAGCCUAGUCUCAGGAGUCUUUUCUCCCUUAACUUUGGUGAAAAAUGUUUUCCAGGAGCCAAGGGAGUAGUUUGGAGUGAUAGUGGAUCUUUUCAAGACCAAACAAAGCUAGGACA